AUGUCAACAGACCCCAGAGACUAUGGAGACGUUAGCGAGAUCACUACGCCUGGCCGUAAAGGCAAGAAGCGUGUAGUCUGGAGCGAGGAUGAAUCGAAGCCGUCGUCGUUGAGGUCGUCUGCGAACCUCUCGGUUGGUCCAUUCGGGAGGGAGAUUGCCUCUCCUAGCAGUGUGCCAAGACCAGUCUUGAAGCGCAAUACCAGCUACAAUGUCCGUCAAGAACAAGAGGAAGCAGACAAGGCGGAGGAGCAUGUCACAGAACGGCAGCUUCGAUCCAUGACGGAUGCACGGCAACGAGCAGAUCGCCUGGCUGUAACGCUGGGCUCGUCUUACUCCCGGUCUGCCCCAGGUUCAAGACGAAACUCGAUUGAGCUUCAACGAUCAUUCCAGCCCGUCCUCAAAGUCUCAGACCAUACUGAUCGAGACUUGGAUGAUGACGCUGCUACCACGACUAGCCCUACGUCUACUCUCCGGGAAUACACGCCUCACAGCACGUACUCUACCACACAUCGUACCCCCCAUAGCUCCCGCCUGUACCAGCCACAUGAACACGAUAGAGCAGAGUCGAUCGUGAGCUCCCAUGAUAAAGACUACCUUUUCCAUCCACAACCUUCUUCAUCCGGCAGAUCAACUCCGGUCAUCAUGCAAGCCUACACCCAAGACUACGUCCCGAGGCCAUCAAGAUAUCGUGGAGGCAUCCUUUCCUCUCUGCUCAAGCUUCAUCGCGAUGACAACGGCGCCAAUCGAGGCCAAAGUAGCAGCGGGUUCAGCACUCCUGUUACGACACCAUCAACUCCCGUCAUGUCUCCACAACAUUCGCCCUCGUCUUCCAGACGGCCUUCUACCGUCAGUACCGUUCGAUCACGAUCAUCUAGUCGUCUGAGAGGCUAUCACAAAUCCAAAGGUUCGACUUCUUCACUGGCAUUGGGUGAGCUAUUCAAGUCAUCCACCAUGUUUGCCGCUCCUGGUUCCAGCGAAAUAUCCGAUCAUUUUGGUGAAAAGAGGAAGAAGGAAAAGAAGUCAAAGAAGGAGCAAAUUCGAAUCACCGUUCACAUCGCUGGCACAAUUGCACGUCACAGGUAUCUCUUGAAGCUAUGUCGCGCCCUCAUGAUGUACGGUGCUCCAACGCACCGUCUUGAAGAGUACAUGAGCAUGUCCUCCCGCGUUCUCGAAAUCGAAGGCCAGUUCCUUUACAUGCCAUCUUGCAUGAUUAUCAGCUUCGAUGACAGCUCUACCCACACGGCGGAAGUUAAAGUGGUUCGGGUUCCCCAGGGAGUUGAUCUUGGCCGCUUACGAGAUGUUCAUAACAUCUACAAGGACGUCGUUCAUGAUAAGCUUGGCGUAGAGGAGGCUACUAGGCGCCUCGACAAGGUCAUGGAUCGGAAGCCCAAGUUCAAGACCUGGUUUCGUGUGUUCAUGUAUGGCCUCGCCUCAGUUUGCGUGGCUCCAUUCGCUUUCCAGGGCCGCUUCAUCGAUCUGCCAGUUGCCUUCCUUCUAGGUUGCUUAGUUGGACUUCUUCAGCUCGUGUUUGCCCCCAGCAAUGAGCUUUAUGCCCACGUUUUCGAGGUCUCUGCUGCUGUCAUUACAACAUUUUUAGCCCGUGGCUUUGGCUCUAUCAACGGUGGGAAACUAUUUUGCUUCAGCGCCUUGGCACAGAGCAGCAUUGCCCUUAUUCUCCCCGGCUACAUGGUGCUCUGCGGCUCUCUGGAGCUUCAAAGCCAUAACAUUGUCGCCGGUAGUGUCCGUAUGGUGCAUGCGGUCAUCUACACUCUGUUUCUCGGCUACGGCAUCACCAUUGGAGCCUCCUUGUACGGCAUGCUUGACAGCGAAGCGGCUAGUGCCACGACUUGCGACAAUCCUCUCAGCGCCAACCGCGCAUGGUCCAUCCUGUUUGUUCCGGGCUUCACGCUCUGUCUGUGUAUCAUUAACCAGGCUAAGUGGAAGCAGACACCCGUCAUGACCAUCAUGUCUCUGGCUGGUUUCUGUGUCAAUAGCUACUCGAGCCAGUACUUCCAAAGCAACAGUCAAAUAUCCAACAUGCUUGGCGCGCUGACCAUUGGCAUCUUGGCCAACUUAUACUCACGACUUGGACGGCACGUGCAAAACGCUUGGCUGGAUCUCGUAGAGUGGUGGCAAGCAAGAGUCCAGCCGCGAUUCUCCAAGAGGAAGCCGACCAUGCCCCCUCUACCUGAUGUGGAAUCCAGCGCAGGGCCACCUCCAGAAGAAAAGCAACGCCUACCCAGGAAAGUGGGAUAUAGUCUUGCUGCUGCUGCUAUGCUCCCAGCCAUCUUUGUCCAGGUGCCUUCUGGUCUAGCUGCAAGUGGCUCCCUGUUAGCUGGUAUCAACUCGGCAAAUCUUUUGAACAAAAACACUACAGAAACUUCCACCAGUUCCCAGAUUGACGGUACUGCAUUUACAGUUUUAUUGAGCGUCAUUCAAGUCGCAAUUGGCAUCAGCGUGGGCCUCUUUUUGAGUGCCUUGAUUGUAUAUCCACUUGGCAAGAGGAGAAGCGGUUUAUUCAGCUUCUAAUU